ACAUGAUUGCGCAUGACAUCGCACGACCUGACGACACACUCUCUCAAAACCAACAUCAAGCAGAGCCGUAGAUAAGAUAUCUACGGCUCUGACAUCAAGCAGAAUAUACUGCCCUCUAUUUUUGUAAGAAAAUGUCGGCCUCACGUUGUUUUCAUAAACAUUUAUCAAAUUUGUCUUUCUUUGAUGUCUGUCGGAAACUAAAUGCUCAAAAAUGCCAACAACUAAGGCAAUGCCACUAUGGAUCACUAGUUUCAACUUCUCUACCUGAUGUACAAUCUGAAAUUGACCGUUCUUCACACCACUCUCAAAGAGGUAAGGCAAUGAGGGCAUUGGAUUUGCGUCUACGUAGAAAGCAACCGUUACCGCCACCUCGAGAGUUGAAGAUGCAUGAGGAUCAGGACUGGUCAGACGUGUACCCUACAGCAGCUUCUUUCAAGUGGUCCGCAGUGCCUCUUCCAAUAAGAAUGGGUUAUCCUGUAAAAAGAGGCAUACCACCACACAAAUAUGGCAAUGCUGAACUUCUCAAGGUAUGUGAAAAGAACCACAGUCAAAACAUGUUGUUGUCAUUUUGUUAUAAAAAUAGAAUUGUUCUAGAUGACUUGAAUAUUAAAUAUUUGAUUCUUUAUCAUUUCAGGUGUCCUCUGCGGAAACAAAACUAUGAUUAUGCUAUGUAUUUGCUUACAGUAUUAUUCCAUGAGUCAUGGGUAACAGAGCCAUGGGAGAGUGACAUCACACCUGAUGAUAUGGAAGAGUAUGUUUGGGAUUUGCAACCUUCAAAAAAUAAAAUCCUGCAGACACUAGCUAGGAAUAAUAGACAGGGAGAACUACACACUGAGAUUUCAGAAGCAGAAGAGCAUGAAUUAUUAAAGACUGAUGGCAUACAGGAGUACAAAAUGGCAGUUGAAGCAAUGAUGAAUACUGGAGAAGGUGAAGACACAUUAAAUGCGUACAAGAAAGCCGUCCUAAAGCUAGUACACUCUGAUCUUGAGUCAACACCAGGCUUCACUAGCGAGCCCCGUAAUAUGGAUAAUAAUGAAAUGAGUUCUGAAAACACCAGUAGCAGUUCGGACAAUGAAAGUGGUAGUAGCAGCAGUUCCGAUAGUGAUGAUGAUAAACAGUGAACAGUCACUACCUUGUCAUCAACAUUUUCUUCCAAUGAUGCCAAUGCUACGAUCAAACUAAUGAACUGAAUUUUCAAAAGUUUUAACUAACAAGCUAAUUUAAAGAGACUUCAUGGAACACUUGUAAACUCUCUGUAAUAGUCCUAUUUUUAUUUCCCAGUAGCUGCAGUACAGUGUAACACUUCACCGUAUGACGGUCAUACAACCGUCACCCGACGAAUCCAACUUCCCUCCUUGUGAGCUUUAGAAUAUGCGACGCCGCAUUCUGAUUGUUGGGGGAAGUCUGAACGAAUCAUUAAAAAUGAUGCAUUGCAUUGUAUCGAGACUGUAGGCAACAGUAAUGGAGGAUCACCUAUCUUGCAGAUUGCUGGAAUACUGUACAGCAGCUUGUUGAAAUAAAGUGUAAUGAUAAUACGGUAUCAAACUGUUCAUAGAUCGCUGCAAUACAGUGUCUAGUCGCAAUAAAAGUCACAUCUAUAAUGGCA